GAAAAUAAAUUUAAAGAAAACAAAGUUAUAAUCAAUAAAUACCAGAAAAUAAAUACCAAUGAAAAACAAAAUGUUACCUUUGUUUAUUUGGCUUGAUGGAAAAUUUUCCGUGAAAAAUUGAAAAUAAAAAUAAACACACCGCGCUAUUAAAAUCAUUGUAAUAACUGUCAGAAGUUAUUUGCAGAAGUUUUAAGAAGAACAAGCGAAAAGAAAUGUAUUCAAUGAUAACAGCCUCCCGUACCCUUGGAUUAAUGUUAUUAACCUUAUGUCGUUUUACCCAUAGCCAUCUGAAUGUUUAUCUUAACCUCCAUGAGGUUAUGAGACUUAUAGGUGUUUCGGCUGAAUUAUAUUAUGUACGAGAGGGUCAGGUCAAUGAUUAUGCGCUCAACUUUGCGGUUCCUGUGCCGGCAAACAUCAACGAAAUAUCAUUUACGUGGCAGAGUCUGGCACAUCAUCCACUGCCAUAUAGUCUUAACAUAAUCACUUCGGAUCCGUCUGUGUUGCCACGUCCAACACUAAAUAUUUCACGUAUCGGAGAGAUUCCAUUAGAGCCGCAGACGUUCGCCGUUGGCAUGAAAUGUUCGGGCACACGUGAUGCUGAGGUUGAAGUUACCAUCGCCGUGGAGAUAAUAUUGGACCAUCAAACAAAUAACAUAACGGAUUUAGUAUUUCGACGUAAGAAAAUUUGUUUGGCUGGCAUGCAAGAGGACGGCCACAAUGUUGUUGCUAUCGGUGGUGCUUACGGCAAUGAAAAUGCUGGCAUCGGCAGUGAUAUUGUUGCUAGCGUUGGUGGGAAUGUAGGUGUAGGUAGUAGUGGUGGUUUCGUUGAUACAAUGCAUAACAGCGCUGCGGUUGACAAUGGCAAUGAACACAAUGCCGCAAAUGAAGAGCACUCAGUUGAAGGGGGUAACGAGAGUGACGAAACACCAGCUCGUACAUUAAAUGAGUUUGAUGAUCCUAUGCUCAAAGAGACAAUAGCACCACCACCUACUGGUGGUUUAAUAACUCUAGUUAUCGGCGUCAUAUUGGCUUUAGUAUUGGUGACUACUUUAAUUUUAAUCGCGUAUUGUGCCAAAGGACCUACGAAGCGACCCAAUCACGGGGUGCAUUUGAUAAAAACCGCUAGUUUUCAACGUUUGCCUACAAUUUCAUCGACAGCUCACAAUUCCAUUUAUGCUUGUCCGUCUAGCAUUACGCCCACGUAUGCAACGUUAACAAGACCUUUCCGUGAAUACGAGCAAGAACCCGAGGAAUUCAAUCGGCGUCUUAGUGAAUUGAAUGUUCAAAAAUGCCGAGUACGUCUAUCUUGUUUGGUUCAAGAGGGAGCUUAUGGACGCAUCUACCGUGGCACCUACAGUGAUUGCCAAGAAGUGCUUGUUAAAACUGUAGCUCAACAUGCCAAUCAAAUGCAAGUCACGUUAUUACUGCAAGAAGGUAUGAUGCUUUAUGAAGCCUCACAUCCGAACGUUCUCUCCGUUUUGGGAGUAUGUAUAGAGGAUUACAGUACACCGUUUGUUUUGUAUUCGGCCGGUAAUAAUACACGUAAUUUGAAAUUGUUUUUACAAGAGCCAAGUUAUGCGCGCAGCAUUACUACUAUUCAAACAGUACUCAUGUCAUCACAGCUGGCCAUGGCUAUGGAACAUUUGCAUAAUCAUGGGGUUAUACACAAAGAUAUAGCGGCAAGAAAUUGUGUCAUUGACGAACAACUGCGUGUCAAGCUGUGCGACAGUUCGCUUAGUCGAGAUCUAUUCCCAUUAGAUUAUCAUUGCUUGGGCGAUGGCGAAAAUCGUCCGAUUAAAUGGAUGUCGCUAGAAGCGAUACAAAAGAAACAUUACAAUGAAGGUAGCGAUGUUUGGUCGUUUGGUGUUCUGAUGUGGGAAAUGUGUACGCUGGCAAAAAUGCCAUAUUCCGAAAUUGAUCCGUACGAAAUGGAGCACUACCUGAAGGAUGGCUAUCGAUUGGCUCAGCCAUUUAAUUGUCCCGAUGAAUUAUUUACGAUUAUGGCUUAUUGUUGGGCUUCCAUGCCAGCGGAACGUCCCACUUUCACUCAAUUGCAGAUAUGCUUAUCGGAAUUCCAUACACAAAUUACUCGUUAUGUAUAAACAAACGUUGCCUUUCUUCAGUGUGGUCCUUAAAUCCUCUGCUCUCCUACCUCUCCUACCAGAUUCCCCCUUCUUCCCAAUUUUCCCUUUCGGAAAUUUUAUAGUUUUGGUUUGUUUGUUGCUACUUUUUCUCUUUAACAAUUAUUUAUAAAUGUAAAUAUGUAUAUGUAAGAAUGCAUGGUAUUAAGUAAUCACUUUUUGACUAAAAAGUCUGUUCAAGAGUUAAUUUAAAGCAUUAUUUCAGCGUUUAGUUUGUAGAUAGAAUCACGAUGGCAUAUUAAAUACAGACAUAAGUGAAAAGUUUGUUUUAUAUAUAGAAAGAAUUUUAUCGUCAAAACUUAUAGCAGUAACGAAAUGUGUUAACAUAAUGAAAAUUACAUAAAAAACAAAAAUUUUAAGGAACGUACGUGGUAAUCUUAAAUUCCUUUGACCUUUAAGGAUAUUAAAUUAAGAUAUUAAAAUUAAAUGAUAAUCACUGUAUGUUGAUGCUGAAGAUUAUGAUGAUGAAAACUUUAUGAGAAAACAUAUAAAAAAGUUACUUUUUCGCAACGAGUCGAAUUUUGGAUACCCAUCACCAUCAAGAUUUAAGAUUUUGUUAAAACUAUUAGGUAGAAUAUUACGAAAUAUACUGGCUUCUUGAGUUUUCACUUUUCAGUUACUAUGGGCAUGUUUAUAGGAAAGUUUAAGGAACUUUGAAAAUUUCAGCACCGAUUAGUCAGAUAAGUAGCAUUAUGAAACAGAAAGAUGGAGGACCAAGGCAAUGAAUUUGUUGCAAAAUCUCGCAGAGAUUGCCGAUUUCACUUUGUUGGUUAAUUGAGCAUGCUUGGAUGAAUGUUUUUGUUCUACUAUUCUACGAAGCAAAUGAUAAAAUCAUUGGUGGUGGGUAUAAAAAAAACCUAUAUUAUCUAAACAUAAGACGUGUACAUAAUAGUUAAAUAAGUAAAACAUCUAUAUGCGUAUGUAUAAAUGUAAACAUAUAUAACAUGUGCACAUUGCAAGAGUAUGAAUAUGUAUACAUGUUGUACAUGUCGUAUAUGAUUACACUUAUAUCUAUAGAUAAACAUGUUGUACGUGAGUAUAUUUCCUAAGCUUUUAAAUUUUAAGUAUUAUGAGAAGAAGGAGCCAUAUUAAAAAAGAUGAAAAGAGAGAGAGAGAGAGAGAGAGAGAGAGAGAGAGAGAGAGAGAGAGAAAAAAAAAGAGAAGGAGAGAUAAUAGAUAAUACAAGAGAAAGUGCGUUAAAUGAAAACACAGGAGAAAGUCGUGUUUAUAUAGACUUUCCUCUCCUUAUUUUCUCUACAGAAAGGAUAUCAUUUUAAGUUUCCGUUCCCCCCUACUCAGGUGUAGUUAUUGUAUCUGUAGCUCAAAUAUAUGUAUUUGUUUAUAUGUU